AAACAUGUUUUUUGUAACCUAAACGUGUUUUCAUUCAGUAAAGACUGAUGUGCAAAGAGAAUAUCAAAUUUUUAUAAAAAGAUUUAUUAAAAUGUUACCGAUACGGCGAACCUAUUUCACAUCGAGAUUACCAAGUCUGUCAUUGCCAUUGAGUGACCAAAUUUCAGUUGGAAAAUUCCUACAGCCAACAAGACGUUCGUGUCCCCGUCGAAAUCACAUUUUAGGUGGAAAUUUUUGCCGUUUUGCCAUUCGAUUGAAAUUAUACACAGCUGCAAAUAACGAUGAGCGAAUCAAUAGAAAACUAAUGCAAACCCGAUAUAAAGAGGCUUCAUCAAAUUUCGACCUAAUUGAUGUAACAAUAAAUGAUUCGCAAAAAAUCCGUCUGCCAUCGACUGGACAAUAUCUGAGCGAAAGUAUCAGUAAAUCUUUGAAUAAAUGGAAACAAAAUGCGCAUCAUGAAAUAAGAAAUUUGUAUAAAAAUUCAUCGGUGACCGAUGAUUUUGUCGUUGAAACGGUGCGCGGUGUCAAUCAAUCGUUAAUCGGAUGGUAUUUGCAAACGUAUGGCAUGCAAAAUACACUGGCACUCAUUGAAUGGUUUGGUGUCCCUUUCGAUUCAGAGACACAACCAACAACACCGCUUCGGGUCGAGAAUACUGCAGAAGCGCAGAAAAAAUUAAAUCAAUUACUCGAUGGAUACGAUAUUUUGGAGAAAAAACUCCACUAUAAAUUCAACGAUAAAGCCUAUUUAUUGCAAUCAGUUACACAUGAAUCGUUCGAUGCAAAUUAUUUGACACCGAACUAUCAUGGAUUGGACUUUGUUGGCGAUGCAAUUUUAAACUAUUCCAUCGUUCGACAUCUCUUUCGUCAACCACAGUAUCUUGAUGCGGACCGACUUCAAAAUGUAUCUUCAUUGCUACAGUCAAACAGUUGCCUUGCUACCGUCUCGCUGCGACAUGGAAUUCAUAAAUUUAUUCGAUACACAACACCCACUGUACGCGAUAAUAUCAACAGUUUUACGGCAUUUUUGCGACAAAAUCGAUUCAAACCGGUUAAUGAUUUGUACUUUCUUGAUCGGAAAAAUUACGUUUUCGAAGUCCCACCCAUUAUACCAAGCAGUUUUGAAGCUCUUAUGGGUGCAAUUUAUUUUGAUUCCAAAAUGGACCUGAACGUAACAUCGAACACACUUUUGAUUUUAAUGGAUUGGGAUAUAAAAAAUAUUUGUAAAACGAAUCCGCAAACAGCGUACGUGGAAUUGAAUAAAUUGGAUUCGUCGGCGGUGUUUAGCGAUCCGGUGACAGUUGCACCGGGGAAGAUUCAAGUAUCGGUCACAUUGCCAACAUUUCAAAAUAAACGGUUCAAUGGAUUCUCUAGAGAUGCUCAAUUAGCCAAAUGGGCAGCGGCCAAAGCAGCUGUCAUUCAACUCAAAAAACAAAAUAACGUAUUCAUACCGAUCAAACAUAAAGACGCAUUCAAAGAAGCGAAACAACAAAUUUCGUUUAACGAAAUUGAAUUAUAAUCGAUAAAAAUAGUUUUUUAGACAAUUAUUAUGGAAAUAAUGGUUGUCACAAUCAAAAUGUAGAAUAAAAUUUUGAUUUCCUCAA